AGUGCCUGCCUUUCCCAGAACCAGGCUUCAUAGGGAAUGAUGUAAGAGCAUAGGCAGCACGGGUGCCUCAGUUACUGCAGUCCAAGUCUCUCCCAGCGGUGUUGAUCUGUAGGGGAGAUCCUCCCGCUCCAGCUGAAAUCCCCACAAAUACGGAUUCAUUGCAGGAUGUCCAGCGCUGACAGGCCCUUGGGAGAAGGGGAUCUGCGGCAGCUGCUGAAGCUAUACCGCACGGAGAUCUCCAUGGCAGUGGAUGACGUUUUCCCAUUGCUUCAUGGACUUGCUGAUCAUGACGUUGUCACAGAGGAGAUGUUCAAGGAAACACUGAGUUUGAAGGAGCAGGAGGGUUCUCACAAGGCCUUCCAUGCCAUGCUAACCUGGCUGCUGAGCCAGGAUUCAUCCACCAUACAGGACUUCUGGAGGGUCCUCUUCAAGGAUUACAACCUGGAGAGAUACGCCAAGCUCCAGCAUAUUCAGAGCAGCUUUCCCAAAGAUGUGGAUCUCAGCAGACAGCGCCGGGGGAGGAAACUACCCCCCAGUCCGAAGACCGUGGUGCAGCAGAAACAGCAGCCAAAGAGGAAAGCACCAGAGGAAAGCAACUCUCCCCAGCCAGCUCAGCCCUUGCUGAAAUGCAACUCAAACCCUGGGACUCUGCCAAAGACAAAAGCUGUAAAGAAACCAGAAGGUGUGGAGAUCCAGCGUUUCCCUCUGGGAAAUGGCAUUCAGAGUAUGGCUGCCUCAGUCCAGAGGGCUGUCACUGUGUCAUCCAGUGAACUACCAGUGAGCUGCGGGGCUGUAGAAGGAAUUCUCAUCAAACAGGUGUUUGAGUCAGGGGGCUCCAAGAAAUGUGUCAAAGUUGGAGGCGAGUUUUAUGCACCAAGCAAGUUUGAGGAACCUGGGGGAAAGAACAAAAGCCGAAGCCUGAAGCCUGGUGUGCGAGCCAAGGGAUUUCAAGGGCCCCAAUAUGUAUGCUUUCAGCAAAUACGAGUUGUUUUUACCUCUUUGUCCUGUUUGAGUCCCCUUUGCAAUAAGGUGUUUCACACUCUGCACUGGUUCCACCCAUACAGCUCAGCUCAGCCUUGUCCUCUUGACUUGGCCCGGGCAGGUUGGGCAGACUUCGUGCUGUAUGUGAAAGAUGUGAGAGGGUUUCUAACCUUUCCCUACUCUCUGAACCAGCUCAGCCUAAAGCACUCUCAGAGCAGUGUCCUUCCCUCAGCACCACAGCGACUCCACCCAGUUGGCACAAGUCAGACUCCACUGCAGGAUGCUCUAGAGUCUAGACUUAGCAUCCUUCUGAGACAGGACAUGCAUCUAUAUCUAUACAGCCAGUCUGAUCACAGUAGCAUUUUCUGCCUCACUCCUGUCCAUCUCACUCUACAGAAUGGGGAGCUGAAAAUAAACUCACAGAGCAGCCUCCAUGUCACCCCUGUUCACACCGUGGAUCAAACCCUCCACCAGAAGAACGAUGAUGAAUGUGCAGUGUGCAGGGAUGGUGGGGAGCUGAUCUGCUGCGACGGCUGCCCCAAAGCUUUCCACCUGGCCUGCCUCGUGCCCCCAAUGACAGAAAUUCCAAGCGGGACAUGGAGGUGCAUCUCUUGCUCAGCUGGGAAAGUGAAGCAGGACCAGUGCACAGAAGAGCCACCAUGCGAGACACAGAAACUGACAGUUGGUGAGAAAUGUGGAGUCUGCAGGGGAGGAGGAAACAUGAGCUACUGUGCCCAGUGCUUCAAGGCCUUCCACUCCCACUGCCACUUCCCUACCCAAGCAGAGCGGCUCAGUGAAACCUUGCUAUGCAAGUCCUGCUCUAGCACCUCUGGAACCAGUGGCCUGGAGGGAACAGUGAACUCCAAUAGCCCUGCAGUAAGAGCAGUGAAGGCAGUGGAAGAGUCUGCUGGGAAUGAGCCGAUCCUGAAUAAAGAGGAGCUGGACUCUCUCCUGGGUGAGAACUCCUUUGAUGGGAUCCUGCAGUGGGCAUUCCAGAACAUGUCUCGUCCACUCUCAGAGACUCACGGAUUUUUCUCCUAGCACUUCUUGUAAUUGUGGACAUGUCAUACCAAUUUGCUGCCCUCCGCACAUUGGACUUGACUCUAAUCAUCUCUAAACAGCUCGUGCUGACAUCUUGGGAUAUACGGUAUUUUCCCAAGUUGAAUCCCUGCUGAUUUAUUUCUACUUACUUCUACCUCUUUAUUACAGUGGAUGAAACCAUAGGAUGGUUUCAAAUUAAUAUAGGGAGGAAUUCAGGGUGUAAGGGUCUGAAAAGUUCACUGCAAAGGCUCAUAUACCAUCCCUUGGAUUUUUCUUUCCCUGUUGCAUUCACAGUCUAUCUGGUAAUAUUUUAUUGGAUUUAUCUCACAGGAAAAUUGUUUAAG